CGAGGAGCAGGGCUGAUGUCAGGAACAGGCGGCACAGGUCACAGUGCUCUCAACAACCGGGCGGUCAGCACAACGAGUCACCCAGCGAGCAAGGGACGGUCGGCACCGCAGGCUGAGGAGCUGAUCACUGUGGACGGGUCACUCGGGGUACUGAGGGCCGGGACUGUUGGGAAGGGUGCUGAGGUCAGCUGUCGCCACAGGAGGAGUUAGUGGCAUUCAGUCCUGAGGAGGAGAUGGUCACAGGAGGUGAUUCCGGGAGUGAAAUGGAGCCUGAGACAGAAGUGAACGCGGGGCUGAUUCCCACAGGGUCCUGAGGCCAGGAGCCGCUGACGGGGAUCUGUUCUGUGCAGUGGUGUUCGCAGCAGCCUGCCUGCCCUGCCUGAGUGAGGCAAUCCAGUAAACACCGUCAAUCCGAGCCCUGGGCUGCCUCCAGCCCUCCCCUGCGCUGGGAUCACAUGGGCCGCUCUGACAGCGGGCGGGUGGGGGGAAGGAGCCGAGGCUCGGGCUGCCGUCGGGACCGGACAGAACGGGACAGGCUGAGGGCGGCCGGGCCGGGACACGGGAUCCGCCGCUCCGACAUCACGAUGGGCACCAGGUCCAGAGGUUUGCAGCCCCGGCAGCUGGAGCCGGACGGCAAGGAGCUCGCCCUGAACGCCUUCAGGAGAGUGGGGUUACUUGAGGACGAAGAUGUGAAAUUCAUGCUAAAGGGCAGCAAGUUGCAAAAAAUAAAAUCACGUCGAUGGAAGAAAGAUCGAAGGAUGAAGCUGCAGGACGAUUGUCUUUCCAUCUGGUGUGAGUCAAAAUCCAGGAACAAGCCAUCAACUUUCUCGGUGAUGGAUAUCCGGGAAGUCCAAGAGGGACACCAGUCAGAGGUGAUGAGGAAACACGGGAGCAGCUUCUCGGAGAAACGUUGCUUCACCAUUGUGUUCACGGGCAGCAGGAGCAGCCUGGACCUGGUGGCGGCCUCGGAGGAGGAAGGCAGGCGGUGGGUGCAGGGGCUGAAGAAACUCCGAAAGAAAGCAGAAAGUAUGAGCCAGCGAGAGAGAAUUCACCAUUGGAUCCACGAACAUCUCCGGAAAGCUGACGAAGAUAACGACAACAAAAUGAGCUUCGAAGAGAUUAAAAGCCUGCUGAAGCUGAUCAACAUUGAGACAGACGAUGAAUACGCUUACCAGGUCUUCAAGCAAUGUGACAGGUCAAAUACAAACAAACUGGAAAAAAGCGAGAUCGAGGACUUCUGCAAAUUCCUAAUGCAGCGGCCAGAGUUGGAGCAAAUCUUUAGUUAUUACUCAGGAGAAGACCAGAUCCUGACUGCCAAGGACCUGAGGAAAUUCCUUAAGGAGCAAAAGGAAAUUUCCACUGAUGAAAAUGCAGUGAGGAUUAUACAAAAAUUUGAGUUGAAUGACACAGCCAAAAAGAACCAGCUGUUGACCCAAGAUGGCUUCAUGAUGUACUUGUUGUCUGCAGAAGGGGAUAUAUUUAACCACAACCAUGACCAGGUCUACCAGGACAUGAGCCAGCCACUCAGCCACUACUUCAUCUCCUCCUCACAUAACACCUAUCUGAUGGAGGACCAGCUGGGAGGACCGAGCAGUACUGAGGCCUACAUCAGAGCUCUGCUGAGGGGCUGUCGCUGUGUGGAGUUGGACUGCUGGGAGGGGCCAAACGGAGAGCCAAUCAUCUACCAUGGAUACACCCUCACCUCAAAAAUCCUCUUCAAGGACGUCAUCACAACGAUCCGGGAUUACGCCUUCACGGUCUCUCAGUAUCCAGUCAUCCUGUCCCUGGAGAACCACUGUGGCAAGGAGCAGCAGGCAGUCAUGGCCCGGCACUUGAAGGGAAUCCUCGGCGACAUGCUGGUCACAGCCACGAUUGAUAGUAAAGUCCCGAAGGAGCUUCCCUCACCCGAGGCACUCAAGGGUAAAAUCCUGAUCAAAGGGAAGAAAUUCGAUGACUCGGGGAGUGCAGCUGAACGAGAGGAGGAGGCGGAGGACUGCGACGAUGAGAACGUAAAAAAUGGAGAGAAAAGUAAAAAGGGGGCAGUUGGGGAGCUGUCAGAGGAGUUCUCAGACCUGGUGGUUUACUGCAAGGCUGUCCAUUUUCACAGCUUCCAGCAUGCCUGGAGUAAGAUGUGCGUGUGUGAGCUCUCAUCCUUUUCUGAGAACAAAGCAAAGAAACUCAUCAAUGAGUCAGGGAGGCUCUUUGUGCGUUACAACACUAUGCAGCUGUCCAGGAUUUAUCCCACAGGCUCCCGGGUCGACUCCUCCAACUACAACCCCCAGGAGAUGUGGAAUGCCGGAUGCCAACUAGUGGCCCUGAAUUUCCAGAAGCCCGGAAUGGAGAUGGAUCUAAACAAGGGGAAGUUUCGACAGAACGGUCGGUCAGGCUACAUCCUGAAGCCCAGCUUCAUGAGGAACAGAUCUAAUCUGUUUGACCCUGCAAGACCAAGACCUGCAGCAGGACUCAACAAGACGCAGCUGAUCAUUGAUGUUAUUACAGCUCAGCAGCUCCCUAAAGUGAAUAAGGACAAAAAGAACUCCAUAGUGGACCCCCUGGUGCGUGUGGAAGUGCACGGUGUGCCUGAAGAUAACGCCACAAAGAGGACAAGACACAUUGAAAAUAACGGUUUUAACCCGGUGUGGAAUGAAGCGCUCCGGUUUACAAUCAGCGUUCCCGAGCUGGCGCUAAUCCGAUUCCUGGUCGAAGAUUACGACUCGUCUUCCAGCAACGACUUCAUUGGGCAGUUCACAGUCCCGUUCACCAGUGUGAAAGAAGGUUACCGCCACAUCCACCUGCUGAGCAAGGACUCCGCGCCCCUCUCACCCGCCACUCUCUUUGUUCGGGUCAGGAUUAAGAGCGUGUAGUGUGCAGGGAGCCGACAGCGUGCCAGCACAAGUGGAAGCGUUGAUGCACCCACUGUCCACCUGCUCCAUUGAGGACAGCAGGUCGGGGUGCAGAGUGGGGCCGGGAGCCUACGAUGUUGCGUAACUUUGCACCUGUAACAAUGCCACACCAUGACAAUGAUAACACUGUAAGCACAAAGCUCUGCUGCUUUCACCGGGAGCUCAGCCAGCUUUCCCCAGUCUGACUGCAGAUAGCUGUGAGAGGCAGAUAUCUCUCAUCCUCAGGGAGAUCCUGUCUAAACAUGAAAUGGAUAAGAAACCUUUCAGAAACCUGCUCAUUAAUCCAGCAAAAUUCACCAAUGAGAGAAGCGAGUGGUCUUCCCCAGGGUGGGGUCUGGGCUCUUCAACUCCUGCUGUGUUGUGGAUUCAUACAGAGGUCCCAGCUCAGCUCACCUGUAUAACACUGCUGGUUAUCGCAAGUACAGGGCUUCCCUCCAGGUGUACUUAUAUAUAAAAUAAGCUGCAUAUUUUACAGA